AUGAUAUAAUAGAUUAAAUAUUACGAAUUAGAAGAAUUUUUAAACUCUUCACUCUAAUCUCAUUAGAUUCUCCAUAUUGAUCUGAGUAAUACUUAAUUUGGUGAUGAAAGUGCAUCAAAAUUAGGUUCAGCUUUAGCAAAUUGCAUUAAUCUCUCAAAUUUGACACUUUAUCUUCGUAACUGUUAAUUUGGUGCAAUAGGUGCAUCAGGCUUAGGUUCUGGUAUAGCAAAUUGCACUAAUCUCUCAAAUUUGACACUUUCUUUUUUUUACAACAAAAUUGGUGCACUAGGCGUAUCAGGCUUAGGUACUUGUUUAGCAAAUUGCACUAAUCUCUCAAAUUUGGAACUUGACCUUGAUUACAAUUAAAUUGGUGAUGAAGGUGUAUCAAAUUUAGGCUUAGCUUUAGCAAAUUGCACUAAUUUAUAAAAUUUGACACUUGAUCUUGGUCGCAAUUAAAUUGGUGAUAUAGGUGUAUUAGGUUUAGGUUCAGCUUUAGUAAAUUGCAAAUAACUCUCAAAUUUUACACUUAACCUUAGUCGCAAUAAAACUGGUGAUGAAGGUGUAUUAGGCUUAGGUUCAGCUUUAGCAAAUUGCAUUAAUCUAUCAAAUUUGGCACUUAAUCUUAGUAUCAAUUAAAUUGGUGCAACUGGUGCAUUAGGCUUUAGUUCUGCUUUAGCAAAUUGCAUUAAUCUCUCAAAUUUGACACUUUAUUUUGGUGGCAAUUAAAUUGGUGAUGCAGGUGCAUCAAGCUUAGGUUAAAAUUUAGCAAAUUGCACUAAUCUCUCAAAUUUGACACUUGACCUUGGGGGCAAUUAAAUUGGUGAUGAAUGUGCUCACUUAGGCUCUGGUUUAGCAAAUUGCACUAGUCUAUCAAAUUUGAUACUUAACCUUAGUGGCAAUUAAAUUGGUGAUGAAGGCGCAUUAGGCCUAGGUUAUAAUUUAGCAAAUUGUACUAAUCUCUAAAAUUUGAAACUGUACCUUAGUAACAAUUAAAUUGGUGUAACGGGUGCUUCAGGUUUAGGUUCUGGUUUAGCAAAUUGCACUAAUCUCUCAAGUUUAAAACUUUACCUUCGUGAAAACUAAAUUGGUGAUGAAAGUGCAUCAAACUUAGGUUCUGCUUUAGCAAAUUGCGCUAAUCUCUCAAAUUUGACACUUUACCUUGGUUACAAUUAUAUUGGUCAUGAUGGUGCAUCGAGCUUAAAUUCUGCUUUAUCGAAUUGCACUAAUCUCUUAAAUUUAAUACUUCACCUGAGCAGUAAUUUAAUAGGAGCAAUGGGUGCAUCAGGCUUAGGUACUGCUUUAGCUAAUUGCACUAAUCUCUAAAAUUUGAUUCUUGACCUUUAUGGCAAUUAAAUUGGCCCCGAAGGUGCAUCAGGCUUAGGCUCUGGUUUAGCUAAUUGCACUAAUCUCUCAUAUUUGGUACUUGACCUUCGUAACAAUAAAAUUGGUGCAAUAGGUGCAUCAGGCUUAGGUUCUGGUUUAGCAAAUUGCUCUAAUCUCUCAAAUUUAAAACUUGAACUUGGUAACAAUUUAAUUGGUGCAAAAGGUGCAUCAGAUUUAGGUUCCUAUUUAGCAAAUUGCCCUAAUAUCUCAGAAUUAAAACUUUAACUUUGUGACAAUUAAAUUGGCGAUGAAGGUGCAUAGGGUUUAGGUUCUGCUUUAGCAAAGUACACUAAUCUCUAAACUCUAGGCCUUGAUCUUCAUGACAAUAAAAUUGGUGCGAUUGGUGCAUCAAGCUUAGGUUCUGCUUUAUCAUAUUGCACUUAUCUCUCAAAUUUGACACUUGAUCUUUAUAGCAAUAAAAUUGGUUCAAUAGGUGCAUAAAGCUUAGGUUCUGUUUUUUCAAAUUAUACUAAUCUCUCAAAUUUGACACUUUAACUUGGUUCUAAUUAAAUUGAUGCAAUUGGUGCCUCAGGUUUAGGUUCUGCUUUAGGAAAUUGCACUAAUUUCUCUAAUUUAACACUUAACCUUGGUUACAAUUAAAUUGGUGCAAUGGGUGCAUCAGGUUUAGGUUUUGGCUUAGCAAAUUGCAUUAAUCUGUCAAAUUUGAAACUUUACCUGAGGUAAAAAUAGUUUAUAUGUUAUUUUUUCCUACUAAUUAGCUAAUUGUUUAUAUAUUUUUUCUUAAAUAUUUAAAAAGUAGCAAUAAAAUUGGUGCAAUAGGUGCAUAAGAUUUAGCUUCUGCUUUUUCAAAUUACACUAAUCUCACAAAUUUGA